UUGUAUAUGUAUGUAUACACAAUCUAUGUAUACACUCACAGGGUUGUCGUCUCUUUUUAAAGAUUUUUUUUUUUUUUUUUUUAAUGUUGCAUCCACAACACAACGCUGUGUGUUCUAACAGUUUAAAGCUAUUCUUGAUUGAUGCCAAAAGGGUGACUAUUAUGUCUCAGGAGUUUAUUUUCACACACAAAAGACAUUUAUUUUAACAGAAAAAAGAAGCAUUUCAGCACUUGGCAGCACCAAACUUUCUGUUGUUAUCGUCUAAGUUACUUCUAUGCAACAUCCUCCUCCUCUUUAUUCUUUUUUUGGGGGGGAUUUUGUCAAUCUAAAAUGUGUGAAAAUGCUACUGGUCAUCUUGUGGUGCUACACAGCAAGCAACUCUCCUGUGUGAGUGUGUGUGUGUGUGUUUGUAUGUGUCCAUUGUAAGAUUCUCUCAAAGAGUGUCACUUAGCUGCUCUGUGGCCCCCAAGAUGAACCUAUAAGACGAGAAGCUGGAGGUGUGAGGAACACUCGUACUGUUGAUGCUGUAUAAAACAAAGAGAGACUUAUUUUAACGUGUGUGUGUAAAUACAAGUGUACAAAAGUGGAGAGCAAGCUGUAAAACAAAGUCAACAACUAUAGAAAGUCAUCUGAAAAUUGUUGAAUAAAUAUUGUGAUGUAAGAGAGGUGUUUUUUUUUUUUAUAUAUGUGUACAUAUUUUUUUUAAUAUAUUUUGCACAUUCAAUAGUACUCAAGCAAUUAUGCAUACAAGACAUAUUAUAGAAGAAAGUAAAAAGUAGGUAAAGAAGGGAAUAAAAGGAGGCAUACUUAAAAGGUAAAGUAGGUAAACCGGUAUAAGAUUAAACAAGGAGGCAGAUGUAGAUAAAAUGUAGACAUGUAGGUAAACAUAGUUAAAAGAAGGCAACAAGUAGAUUAGCAUUGUAAACAAAGGUAAAAAGUAGGUUACAAUUUAAAGGGGAACUGCACUUUUUGAGGGAAUUUUUGCUAAUUGUUCACAAUCAUUAUGAGAGACAUGACGACGAAUGGAUUUAUUUUUAAUGCACUCUAAAAAAAACGUAAAAGGUCCAAUGGGAGCUCCACUAUUCCGCCCAUAAAAUCCAAUAAAUAACCAUUCAAAAAGCGCCAACAAUACUCUUAUUUACAUUUCACGACUUGAUAUUAACCAAGUAUUAGUGAUAUUGUUAUUAUAAGUGCUAACGCAGACUAACUAUUAAUAGCGACGUUGUGAGCACGACCAUGUGUCCCUAUGUUUACAUCAUCCUGUGGUCUGCUGCUUUCUAGUUUCUUUGCUCCCUGGAAGUUUAUUGUAGAUCAUAAAUCAUGCCUCAUCUGAAAAGUAGAUGGAUGAGGAUAUAAUCCGACAAGUUGGGACACUUUGACAGCCAUUUAGGACCUGGAGCUGGCAAGGACGACACAAAAAGUAAAAAAAAAAAUUGGUGGGUUUAAAAAUAGAAGAAUGUAAAAAAAAAAAAACUAGGUAAACGUAUGUAAAAAUGAAAGAAGUAGGUAAACGUGGGUAAAAAAUAGAUAAAAUGUAAAAAAGAAAAAGUAGCUAAACAGGUCAAACCGGGUACAAAAGUAGGUGAAAAUAGGUAGCUAAACAAUUGAUGAAAUAAGUUAAAAGUGUAGGUAAGCAUAGAUAACAGAAAGUUACAAAAAAAAGUGAAUAAGCAUAAUUAAAAAGGUUAAAAAAAAGUAGGUAAGCAUAUAGUAAAAGGUUAAAAAAAUAGAUAAGUGUAAAAGUAGGUAAACAGAGAAAAUGGGGUACAAAAGUAGGUAAAAGAUGGUAAAAAUGUAGGUAAACGGGUAAAAAAAAAAGUAGAUAAACAUAUAGGGUAAACAGAUAAAACAAGGUCAACAAUGAGCAUAGAUAGAAUAAGGUAAAAGGUUAUAAAAAGUAUGUAGACGUGGGUAAUUAAAAAAGUAGGUAAGUAUUGAUACAAGAAGGAAUAAAGUGGAUAAGCAUAGGUAAAAAUGUCAAAAGUAGGUAAACAGGCAUUAGGGAAAGUAAAGUUAAAACAGAUUUUAAAAAGUAGGCAAACAGGUAAAAGAAAGUACAGUUGUAGGUAAAAGUGGGUAAAAUACAAGUAGGUAAAUAAAGGUAAAAAAUAAGGGAAAAAGUAGGUUAGCUAAGGAAAAAAUUAGCAAUGUAAAACAAGGUAAAGUUUGUGAACAUUCAGUAGGUAACAUUUGGUACAAAAAGUAGGUCAACUUAGGCGAAAGAAAGUUAAAAAAAAAAAAAAAGAAGGCAAGCACAGGUCAAAAGUGGGCAAGUAUAAGUAAAAAGGUAAAUUGGGUACAAAAAUAUGCAAACAGUUAAAAGAAGGUAAAACGGUAAACUUACAGUGGGCAAAAAAAAAGGUGAAAAAGUAGGUAAGCAUAGGUAAAAAUGUUUAUUAAGAAGGUUAAAAAGAUUUAGGGAAAGGGGUGAAACAAGUAGGUAAACCUUUUUAUAAUAGUUAUUCGGUAAACGUGGUUAAAAAGAAGGUUAAAAAGUAUGUAAACAUAAGUACAAUAUUAAAGUAUGUAAACAUAAGUAAAAUGUUAAAGUAUGUAAACAUUUGGCAAAAUGAAGUUAAGAAGCAUGUAAACAUAAGUAAAGAAAUGUUAAAAAGUAUGUUAACAUAAGUAAAAUGUUAGAAAGUAUGUAAACAAAAGUAAAAGGUUAAAAAGUAUGUAAACAUAAGUAACAAAAGGUUAAAAAGUAUGUAAACAUAAGUAAAAGCUGGUUAAAAAGUAUGUAAACAUAAGUAAAAGAUGGUUAAAAAGUAUGUAAACAUAAGUAAAAUGUUAAAUUACGUAAACAUAAGCAAAAGAAGGUACCAAAAAAAAGUAGGACGCAGCACGUGAAAGUUUACAGUUCAUUUGUUUGUCUCACUUCUUAAUUGGAGGCAAUAUUAAUUUUUUCCUUUAAUAUUGACAGCAUGAAUUUUUAUUUAAAAUUAUUUUUUUUUAUAAUCAAAAUGUAAUAUUUGAUGUUGCAAUAUCCUGAUCAGCCCUUGGAUAAGACAUGAGUGGUAGUUUGCUGCCAUCUUGUGGUCAGAAUCUACUCAGACAGUUGCUUUCCUGCACACAAUCAGCACUUUGCUUUUUUUAAACUAAUUUUUUUAAUGUCAUAUUUUUUUUCAACUUGGUUUCCAGCAGGUGGAUAGUUUAUUUUUUUAUUUAUUAAAAAAAAAAGAAAAAGUUGUUGACAAUUAAAAUGAGUUACAAUUUGCUAUAAAUACAGAUAAAUGCAUUUGAUUCCCUGCAUUAAAAUAGCAAUUUGAUCAAUUUGGCUUUUGUAUUUUUUUUACUUUAUUUUGGUAUUGCAUUGAAAUGAGUGAGCUUUUGCAUAAUGUACAUUAAUUUUUAAAAACAAAUUUAAAAAAAUCUAUAUUUUAUGUCAUUUUAAUGGUGUUGUAUUUUACCACUGACACACAAGAAGAUGAAUUGAACAAUGACCCAACACUUUAUGGCGACCCAACAAACAAGUCGGCAACAAGAUCUCUUUCUAUCUUGGAUACUCUGGAGGCGUUGCCUGGCAACAAGCGCGGCGACGCCUGGAGAUGAAAAAUGAAACAUUGCAGAGUCUGGGAGUGUGGCGUUGUUGUGCCGAACAACACACGGGUGUCUUGAUGUUGGUGCAGUCCAGUGAGAGGAGGCCCAGGAGGCCACAUGAGAGGUCAAGUCUCGAAUUGGAUUUCAUCAAAUCAUAUUAGUAGGUGUACCUAAUGCUGUGUCCAGUGAGUGGACACAAACUGACUGUUUUUUCAAAAUCUCCCGCAGAAAAAAAGGCAAGAACGGCCAUGAGAUGACACCGCAAAAGAAGAAGAAGUGUGUAAUUAGUCACGCUAUUCUGCGUCUUAAAAAGCAUGUCGCCUGGAUCAGACACAACAUCCGCAAGAUGGAGUGUUGCUUCUUCACAAAAGGUGUCAGAGAGGACGUGUGCAUGUGCGGCUACGGGAAGAGCGAGCAUGCGGCCGAGGCCGUCAACGAGGACGACUUCAGCGGCGAAGCGUGGGACGGACACAGACAUGUCCGUGAAGUACCCACAGACGCUUUCGGGGACAUCAGCUUCGGUGGUUUGAGGCAGAUGACGACGAAGUAUGCUCGAGUGUCCACUGAGACCAGUCCUGAGGUCAUCUACCAGUUACUGACUGAACAGUGGAAAGUGUCUCCUCCCAACUUGUUGAUCUCAGUGACCGGAGGAGCCAAGAACUUCUAUCUGAAGACACGGCUCAAGAACGUCUUCCAAAGGGGUCUCAUCAAAGUGGCCCAGACAACAGGUGCAUGGAUCAUCACAGGUGGCACCAACACGGGUGUCAUGAAGCAUGUCGGGCAGGCGGUGAGGGAUUACUCCCUGAGCAGCUCCAUGCAGGGCCAGAUUGUGACCAUCGGAGUAGCGACAUGGGGAGUUAUUAACAAUAGAGACGUUUUGGUGAAUUCACAGGGUUGUUUCCCCGCCCAUUACUCGAUGGAUGUCAAGAGUCGAAUGCCGUGCCUUGAUAACAAUCACACUCACUUCCUGCUGGUGGACGACGGGACACUCGGCCACUAUGGCGUUGAGAUCGAUCUGCGGAGUCGAUUGGAGAAGUGCAUCUCCGGAAAGUCUCUUGGAAACAAAGGUAGUGCAUUGACCAUCCCUGUGGUGUGUGUGGUAUUGGACGGAGGAGCAGGCACUCUCAGUACCAUCUACACGGCCAUGCUCAACGACACACCCUGCGUGGUGUUAGAGGGCUCGGGAAGAAUGGCUGACGUGAUCGCCCACGCGGCAGGACUACCUGUGAGCCAGGUGACCAUCAGUCUCAUCCAUCGCCUGCUGAAGAAGUUCCUCAGCCACGAGUACGACAACUUCUCCGACCUCCAGAUCAUCGAGUGGACCAAAAAAAUUCAGGACAUCAUCAGGAUGUCUCACCUGCUGACGGUGUUCAGAGGAGGCGGGGACAGUCAUGGAGACGUGGAUGUGGCCAUUCUGCAAGCACUCUUCAAAGCUUCUAGGGCCAGUGAGUCACAAAACGUAGAGGGCUGGAGGAGGCAGUUGGAGCUGGCUAUCGUCUGGAACCGAGUGGACAUAGCCACCACUGAGAUAUUCACCGACGAAAGCCAAUGGAAGGUCAGUCAACAGACUCCUGUGGUUAGUAGCAGUUGCUGGUGAAUGCUAAUGAACCGUGACUGGAAAAUUAGCCGAAUUGUGCUGAGCAGCCAUCACGACAGAGAUGUGUGUACCGCUUUCCAGCGUGUAUUAAAACACAUUAUUAUCACAUUUGUCCACUAGUACCCUUUUAUGCUAGCAUCAAUAAAAAUAAAAAUAAAGUAUGAACAUGUGACGACCGGGGCGCAUUGUGAUGCGGGGUUCGUUCUCUCAGGAAUGCAGACGGGCGUCAGACACAGCGUGCAGGUAAGAAAGUAUUUAUUUAAUAAUAACUUAUACUGGAAAAAAGAAAAGGGUGCUCAUAGCACAUAAGGCAAAAAACUAAAUGAGCUAGCAUGGGAGCUAGAAGGUAAAAAAAAAGGAGUUUAGCGUGGAAGCUAACAGGUACAGAGCCGGAACAAAAGUCGUCAACUGUUGCACGAAAACAAACUACGAAGCCAGAACGAAUGACAGGGAGGACAGACUUAAAUAAUAAUGUCAGUGAUGACAAACAGGUGCGUGUCGGGAACAAACGCGGCAGGUGAAAAUAAUAAGCAGCCAUGGCAACAAA